AUGCGCAACGGGUCGUACCAUAGGAUUUGGGGCGUCGGGGCGGAGGUGGAGCAAACCAUCGGGGUGGUUGGGAGCCAUGUUGGAACGGCAGGAGGCAGCGGCAGCGACGGGGAUGCUGUGGGCUGGGGCCCAGGGGCAGCUGUCGCUACGGGGCCCUGGGCGCGGAGCGGCGGCGGAGCCUUAGCUCUUUGUCCCGAGACGCCCAGGGUCCAAGAGGAUGGGGAGCCUGGCCUGGGAGUCAGGGAGGCUGUCCUCUUGGGGCUCCGAGGAGGAAGGCAAAACGUCCAGAACGAUCAAGAGCCCCCUGAGCAUCCAGAAGAGGGGCUGGGGGCUAAGAUCCGAGCACAGGCAUUGGUUGGCCGCGGGCGAGAAACAGGACAGGCAUCAGGGUCUCUGUUAUGCUGGCACCCGGAGGCUUCUUGUGGAGGAAGAACAGGACCCCUGCAGAGAGAUCGGGUGUCAUCCGAGGUUCUGUCUCCAGGAGUGCUGGGUCCAGGAGACAGUUUGCCCCUCCCUUUAGACAUCCUGGUUCGGCCCCAUGGCCCCAGGCCAGUUUCAUUCCAGCGGAACACUGGAAGAGGCGCCCGUAAAAGGGUGGGAACCGCGCACUGCUGCGUGGAAUUGUGGGUGCCGGGGCGCCGGGGUCAGCGCGAGAGAGCUGCGACAUUCCGAGCGGAAAGGACAGCCUCACGGCCGGAUAGUCCUCAGGCUGCAGGGUCGGGUCCGGGGUUGGAUUCAGCACCGCUCAAGGAGAGGACAGCUCCCUCGCCCGGUUCAGCACCACUCGAGUCUCGGACAGCUCCCGGGCGCAUGCGCUCCCGUAGUCGCCUCAGUCGCCGCUUUCUUCCACUAGACCAGGGGCCGCGCCCCUCAGGGAUCGCAGUCCGGCCAAGAUCCUGGAUAAUCCCCUCAGCGAAUCGGGCACGUCCCCGUCGCGCCGCAAACCGUCACCCGCAGUUUCCUCAAUACAACUACCAGGCUUCGGUGCCUGAGAACGAAGCGGCGGGCACCGCAGUACUACGUGUGGUGGCGCAGGACCCGGACGCUGGCGAGGCUGGGCGCCUAGUCUAUUCGCUGGCGGCGCUCAUGAACAGCCGCUCGCUGGAGCUGUUUAGCAUUGACUCGCACAGCGGCCUCAUCCGCACGGCAGCCGCGCUGGAUCGUGAAAGCAUGGAUCGCCACUACCUGCGUGUUACGGCGCAGGAUCACGGCUCACCGCGCCUCUCAGCCACAACCAUGGUAGCUGUGUCAGUGGCUGACCGUAAUGACCACGCACCAGUGUUUGAGCAGGCGCAGUACCGGGAGACGCUUCGUGAGAACGUGGAAGAAGGCUAUCCUAUCCUGCAGUUACGUGCCACAGAUGGUGACGCACCUCCUAACGCAAAUUUGCGCUACCGUUUCGUGGGACCACCUGCAUCACGCACUGCUGCUGCUGCAGCUUUUGAGAUCGACCCACGCUCAGGUCUCAUCAGCACUAGCGGCAGAGUGGACCGCGAGCACAUGGAGAGCUACGAGCUGGUAGUGGAAGCCAGUGACCAGGGCCAAGAGCCCGGGCCACGUUCAGCCACCGUGCAUGUACAUAUAACGGUGCUGGACGAGAAUGACAACGCCCCCCACUUCAGCGAGAAGCGCUAUGUGGCGCAAGUACGGGAGGAUGUGCGCCCCCAUACAGUGGUGCUGCGUGUCACAGCCACCGACCGGGAUAAGGACGCUAAUGGAUUGGUACACUACAACAUCAUCAGUGGGAACAGCCGCGGACACUUCUCCAUCGACAGCCUCACGGGUGAGAUCCAAGUUGUAGCGCCUUUGGACUUCGAGGCAGAGCGGGAGUAUGCCUUGCGCAUCCGUGCACAGGAUGCGGGUCGGCCACCACUGUCCAACAACACAGGCCUGGCCAGCAUCCAGGUGGUGGACAUUAAUGACCAUACACCUAUUUUUGUCAGCACACCCUUCCAAGUCUCGGUCCUAGAGAAUGCACCCCUGGGUCACUCUGUAAUCCACAUUCAGGCAGUGGAUGCUGAUCAUGGGGAGAACGCGCGAUUGGAGUACUCCCUAACUGGCACGGCAUCUGAUACACCCUUUGUGAUAAACAGUGCCACUGGCUGGAUCUCUGUGAGUGGUCCCCUGGACCGUGAGUCUGUGGAGCAUUACUUCUUUGGAGUGGAGGCACGAGACCAUGGCUCCCCAUCACUCUCUGCCUCAGCCAGUGUCACAGUGACUGUGUUGGACGUUAAUGACAACCGACCUGAGUUUACCAUGAAAGAAUACCAUUUACGGCUUAAUGAGGAUGCAACUGUGGGCACCAGUGUGGUCAGCGUAACCGCUGUGGACCGUGAUGCCAACAGUGCCAUCAGCUACCAGAUCACAGGUGGCAAUACCCGGAACCGCUUUGCCAUCAGCACCCAGGGAGGCGUGGGUCUGGUGACUCUGGCUCUGCCACUUGACUACAAGCAAGAACGCUACUUCAAGCUGGUGUUAACUGCAUCUGACCGUGCCCUUCAUGAUCACUGCUAUGUGCACAUCAACAUCACAGAUGCCAACACCCACCGGCCUGUCUUUCAAAGUGCCCACUACUCAGUAAGUGUGAAUGAGGAUCGACCAGUGGGUAGCACCGUGGUAGUCAUCAGUGCCUCUGAUGAUGAUGUAGGUGAGAAUGCUCGUAUUACCUAUCUCUUGGAGGACAACUUGCCCCAGUUCCGGAUUGAUGCAGACUCAGGGGCCAUUACACUACAGGGUCCCCUGGACUACGAGGACCAGGUGACCUACACAUUGGCCAUUACAGCUCGAGACAAUGGCAUCCCACAGAAGGCAGAUACCACUUAUGUGGAGGUCAUGGUCAAUGACGUUAAUGACAAUGCUCCACAGUUUGUGGCCUCUCACUACCCAGGGCUAGUCUCCGAGGAUGCUCCGCCUUUCACUAGUGUCCUGCAGAUCUCAGCCACUGACCGGGAUGCUCAUGCCAAUGGCCGGGUCCAGUACACUUUCCAGAAUGGGGAAGAUGGGGAUGGAGAUUUUACCAUAGAGCCUACCUCUGGCAUUGUCCGCACAGUUAGGAGGUUGGACCGGGAGGCAGUACCAGUGUAUGAACUGACUGCCUAUGCAGUGGACCGUGGGGUGCCCCCACUGAGGACUCCGGUUAGCAUACAGGUGACAGUACAGGAUGUGAACGACAAUGCACCCGUGUUCCCAGCUGAGGAGUUUGAGGUGCGGGUGAAGGAGAACAGUGUUGUGGGCUCAGUGGUGGCCCAGAUCACUGCAGUUGAUCCUGACGAAGGCCCCAACGCCCACAUCAUGUACCAGAUUGUGGAGGGGAAUAUCCCCGAGCUAUUCCAAAUGGACAUCUUCUCUGGAGAGUUGACGGCACUCAUUGACCUGGAUUAUGAGGCUCGCAAGGAAUAUGUAAUUGUGGUGCAGGCCACAUCUGCCCCUUUGGUAAGCCGGGCCACUGUGCACGUCCGACUGGUAGACCAGAAUGACAACAGUCCUGUGCUCAAUAACUUCCAGAUUCUCUUCAACAACUAUGUAUCCAACCGCUCAGAUACCUUUCCCUCAGGCAUCAUUGGGCGCAUCCCUGCUUAUGACCCUGAUGUCUCCGACCGCCUCUUCUAUUCCUUCGAGCGGGGCAAUGAACUGCAGCUGCUGGUGGUCAACCAGACCAGUGGGGAGCUGCGACUCAGCCGAAAGCUGGACAACAACCGCCCAUUGGUGGCCUCCAUGUUGGUGACUGUCACAGAUGGCUUGCACAGUGUAACAGCGCAGUGCGUGCUGCGUGUCGUCAUCAUCACAGAAGAGUUGCUGGCCAACAGUCUGACAGUGCGUCUUGAAAACAUGUGGCAGGAGCGCUUCCUUUCACCACUGCUGGGCCACUUCCUCGAAGGCGUGGCUGCGGUUCUCGCCACACCUGCGGAGGACGUCUUCAUUUUCAACAUCCAGAAUGAUACGGACGUGGGGGGCACCGUGCUUAACGUGAGCUUCUCAGCGCUUGCGCCGCGCGGGGCCGCGGUGGGUGCAGCUGGGCCCUGGUUCAGCUCUGAGGAGCUGCAGGAGCAGCUGUACGUACGCCGCGCCGCGCUCGCCGCCCGCUCGCUGCUAGACGUUCUGCCUUUCGAUGAUAAUGUGUGCUUGCGCGAACCCUGUGAGAACUACAUGAAAUGCGUGUCUGUGCUGCGCUUUGACUCGUCUGCGCCCUUCUUGGCCUCGGCCUCCACGCUCUUCCGACCCAUCCAGCCCAUCGCUGGCUUGCGCUGUCGCUGCCCGCCCGGCUUCACUGGUGACUUCUGCGAGACCGAACUCGACCUCUGCUACUCGAACCCCUGCCGUAAUGGCGGCGCCUGCGCGCGGCGCGAGGGCGGUUACACCUGCGUCUGCCGCCCGCGGUUCACUGGAGAAGACUGCGAGCUGGACACUGAAGCUGGACGCUGUGUUCCUGGCAUCUGCCGCAACGGGGGCACCUGUGCCAAUGCACCUGAUGGUGGCUUCCGUUGCCAGUGCCCGGCGGGCGGUGCCUUCGAGGGCCCACGAUGCGAGGUGGCGGCUCGCUCCUUCCCACCCAGUUCCUUCGUCAUGUUUCGCGGCUUACGGCAGCGCUUCCACCUCACACUGUCCCUCUCGUUUGCAACGGUGCAGCCGAGAGGGCUACUCUUCUACAAUGGACGCCUGAAUGAAAAGCAUGACUUUCUGGCCCUGGAGCUCAUCGCUGGGCAAGUGCGGCUUACAUAUUCCACGGGCGAGUCCAGCACAGUGGUGAGCCCCACAGUUCCAGGGGGCCUGAGUGAUGGGCAGUGGCACACAGUUCAUCUGAGAUACUACAACAAGCCCCGGACAGAUGCUCUGGGGGGUGCUCAGGGUCCCUCCAAGGACAAGGUGGCUGUGCUGAGCGUGGAUGACUGUGACGUGACUGUGGCCCUGCAGUUUGGGGCUGAGAUUGGCAACUACUCCUGUGCAGCUGCUGGUGUGCAGACAAGCUCCAAGAAGUCUCUGGACCUGACGGGCCCCCUGCUUCUGGGAGGUGUCCCCAACCUCCCCGAGAACUUCCCCGUGUCCCACAAGGACUUCAUCGGCUGUAUGCGGGACCUGUACAUUGAUGGCCGCCAGGUGGACAUGGCGGCUUUUGUGGCAAACAACGGCACCAUGGCAGGCUGCCAGGCCAAACUGCGGUUUUGUGAUUCAAGUCCUUGCAAGAACAGUGGCCUCUGCUCAGAGCGCUGGGGUAGCUACAUCUGCGACUGCCCUGUGGGCUUCGGUGGCAAAGACUGUCGGCUCUCCAUGACCCAUCCUUACCAUUUCCAUGGCAACGGCACACUGAGCUGGGACUUUGGAAGUGACACAACUGUGUCUGUACCGUGGUACCUGGGACUCGCAUUUCGGACUCGGGCAACACACGGUGUGCUGAUGCAAGUGCAGGCUGGGACACACAGUGCGCUCCUCUGCCAGCUGGAUCGAGGGUUGCUGUCUGUGACAGUGACCAGGGGUUCAGGUCGUGCUGCCCACCUCCUCCUAGACCAGGUGACUGUCAGUGAUGGCCGAUGGCAUGAUCUGCGGCUGGAGUUGCAGGAAGAACCAGGUGGCCGGCGGGGUCAUCAUGUCCUCAUGGUGUCACUGGAUUUUAGCCUUUUCCAGGACACCAUGGUGGUGGGGAGUGAACUACAGGGCCUGAAGGUAAAGCGACUCCACGUGGGAGGACUGCCCCCCAGCAGUGAGGAGAAGCUUCCGAAGGGUCUCAUUGGCUGUAUUCAGGGGGUAUGGCUCGGCUCUACGCCCUCAGGGUCCCCAGCCCUGCUUCCCCCCAGUCACCAAAUCAAUGUGGAACCUGGCUGUGUUGUGACAAAUGCUUGUGCAUCUGGACCCUGCCCACCCCACGCUGACUGUCGUGACCUCUGGCAGACCUUUUCCUGCACCUGCUGGCCAGGUUAUUAUGGCCCAGGCUGUGUGGAUGCCUGUCUCUUGAACCCCUGCCAGAACCAGGGGUCAUGCCGGCACCUUCCAGGAGCUCUCCAUGGCUAUACCUGUGAUUGUGCAGGUGGCUACUUUGGGCACCAUUGUGAACACAGGAUGGACCAGCAGUGCCCUAAGGGCUGGUGGGGGAGCCCAACAUGUGGCCCCUGCAACUGCGAUGUUCACAAGGGCUUUGACCCCAACUGCAACAAGACAGAUGGACAGUGUCACUGUAAGGAGUUUCACUAUCAACCUCGGGGCAGUGAUUCAUGCCUCCCAUGUGACUGCUACCCAGUGGGCUCCACCUCGCGCUCCUGUGCACCGGACAGUGGGCAGUGUCCCUGUCGCCCAGGAGCCCUUGGCCGCCAGUGCAACAGCUGUGACAGCCCUUUUGCAGAGGUGACAGCCAGCGGCUGCCAGGUGCUCUAUGAUGCAUGUCCCAAGUCCCUGAGAGCUGGUGUGUGGUGGCCCCAGACCAAGUUUGGUGUCUUAGCCACAGUGUCCUGUCCCCGGGGGGCCCUGGGAUUGCGGGGUACAGGUGCUGCUGUGCGGCUGUGUGAUGAGGACCAGGGCUGGUUGGAGCCCGACCUCUUCAACUGCACCUCCCCUGCCUUCCGAGAACUCAGCCUUCUGCUGGAUGGCUUAGAGCUGAAUAAGACAGUGCUGGAUACCGUGGAGGCCAAGAAGCUGGCUCACCAGCUACGGGAAGUGACCCGGCACACUGACUAUUACUUUAGCCAGGAUGUCCGAGUCACAGCCCGUCUGCUGGCCCACCUGCUGGCCUUUGAGAGCCAACAGCAGGGCUUUGGACUGACAGCCACACAGGACGCGCACUUUAACGAGAAUCUGCUAUGGGCUGGCUCUGCACUGCUUGCGCCAGAGACAGGGGACUUAUGGGCAGCGCUGGGGCAGCGGACCCCUGGGGGCUCCCCAGGCAGCGCAGGGCUGGUACAGCAUCUGGAGGAGUAUGCAGCCACACUCGCCAGGAAUAUGGAACUCACGUACCUGAAUCCCGUGGGGCUGGUGACACCCAAUAUCAUGCUCAGCAUCGACCGUAUGGAGCACCCUAGUCCAACCCGGGGGGUCCGUCGCUACCCCCGCUACCACAGCAACCUGUUCCGGGGCCAGGAUGCCUGGGACCCUCAUACCCACGUGCUACUGCCUUCCCAGUCCCCACGGCUGUUCCCACCUGAAGUUCUACCCUCCAGCAGCAGCAGCACAGAAAACGCCACCAUUGCAAGUGUGACGCCCCCACCAGGCCUCCUGGAGCCCGAGCCGGAGCCCAGAAUCUCCAUUGUCAUCCUCCUUGUGUACCGCACCUUAGGGGGACUGCUCCCUGCUCAGUUCCAGGCCGAACGCCGCGGUGCCAGGCUCCCCCAGAACCCUGUCAUGAACUCCCCGGUGGUCAGUGUGGCUGUGUUCCACGGGCGCAACUUCCUAAGGGGUCUCCUGGAGUCUCCCAUCAACCUCGAGUUCCGCCUGCUACAGACAGCCAAUCGGAGCAAGGCGAUCUGCGUGCAGUGGGACCCACCUGGCCCGAUGGAGCAGCGAGGCAUGUGGACUGCACGGGACUGUGAGCUGGUACACAGGAAUGGAUCCCAUGCUCGAUGUCGGUGCAGUCGGACCGGUACCUUUGGUGUCCUCAUGGAUGCCUCCCCCCGUGAGCGCCUGGAGGGUGACCUGGAGCUGCUGGCUGUGUUCACGCAUGUAGUCAUGGCGGCGUCUGUGGCUACACUGCUGCUGACUGCAGCCAUCCUGCUGAGCCUGCGCAGCCUCAAGUCCAAUGUUCGUGGCAUCCACGCCAAUGUGGCAGCUGCCUUGGGCGUGGCAGAGCUCUUCUUCCUGUUGGGGAUCCACAGGACCCAAAAUCAGCUGGUAUGCACUGCUGUCGCCAUCCUCCUGCACUACUUCUUCCUCAGCACAUUUGCCUGGCUCCUUGUGCAGGGACUGCACCUCUACCGCAUGCAGGUUGAGCCACGCAACGUGGACCGCGGCGCCAUGCGCUUCUACCACGCCCUGGGCUGGGGUGUUCCUGCUGUGCUGCUGGGCCUUGCUGUUGGCCUGGACCCUGAGGGCUAUGGGAACCCUGAAUUCUGCUGGAUCUCUGUCCAUGAACCCCUCAUCUGGAGCUUUGCCGGCCCUGUCAUCCUAGUCAUCCUGAUGAAUGGGACUAUGUUUCUCCUCGCUGCCCGCACAUCUUGCUCCACGGGGCAGAGGGAGGCCAAGAAGACCUCUGUGCUUGGGACCCUUCGCAGCUCCUUCCUGCUACUUCUGCUAGUCAGCGCCUCCUGGCUCUUUGGCCUCCUGGCGGUCAACCACAGCAUCCUGACCUUCCACUACCUCCAUGCAGGACUCUGUGGCCUCCAGGGCCUGGCAGUGCUGCUGCUCUUCUGUGUCCUGAAUGCAGAUGCUCGGGCUGCCUGGACACCAGCCUGCCUGGGCAGGAAGGCAGCCCCUGAGGAGGCGAGGGCUACACCUGGGACGGGGCCUGGGGCCUACAACAACACGGCCCUCUUUGAGGAGAGUGGCCUUAUCCGCAUCACUCUCGGCGCCUCCACUGUCUCCUCAGUCAGCAGUGCCCGCUCCGGCCGGACCCAGGACCAAGACAGCCAGCGGGGCCGUAGCUACCUCAGGGACAAUGCCCUGGUUCGACAUGGCUCAGCUGCUGACCACACUGACCACAGCCUCCAGGCCCACACUGGCCCCACUGACCUGGAUGUGGCCAUGUUCCAUCGAGAUGCUGGCGUAGACUCAGAUUCAGAUAGUGACCUGUCCUUGGAGGAAGAAAGGAGUCUGUCCAUCCCAUCUUCAGAGAGUGAGGACAAUGGCCGGACACGGGGCCGUUUCCAGCGUCCACUCCGCCGUGCAGCCCAGAGUGAGAGGCUCCUCACCCACCCCAAAGAUGUGGAUGGCAACGACCUCCUGUCUUACUGGCCAGCACUAGGGGAGUGUGAGGCAGCCCCUUGUGCCUUGCAGACCUGGGGCUCCGAGCGGCGCCUGGGGCUGGACACUAGCAAGGAUGCAGCCAAUAACAACCAGCCUGAACUGGCCCUGACCAGUGGGGAUGAAACCACCCUGGGUCGGGCCCAGCGCCAGAGGAAAGGCAUCCUGAAGAACCCGCUGCAGUACCCGCUGGUUCCACAGACCCGGGGUAUCCCGGAGCUCUCCUGGUGCCGGGCAGCCACCUUGGGCCACCGCGCUGUGCCAGCUGCCUCCUACGGGCGAAUCUGUGCUAGCGGAGGCACAGGCAGCCUUUCACAGCCCGCCAGCCGCUACUCAUCCCGAGAACAGUUGGAUUUGCUCCUCCGGCGGCAACUGAGCCGUGAACGACUGGAGGAGGCCCCUGCUCCCAUUCUGCGUCCCCUGAGCCGGCCAGGUUCCCAGGAGCACCUGGACGCUGUGCACGCUGUGCCAGGCCGCUUGGAGCCCAGGGACCGGGGCAGCACCUUGCCUCGGAGACAGCCACCUCGAGACUACCCUGGUGCCAUGGCUGGACGCUUUGGGUCACGGGAUGCACUGGACCUAGGAGCGCCCCGAGAGUGGUUGAGCACACUGCCCCCACCUCGUGGUGCCAGGGACCUUGACCUACAGCCUCCACCUCUGCCCUUGUCACCCCAACGGCAACUGUCAAGGGAUCCCCUUUUGCCAUCCCGACCCCUAGACUCUCUGUCCAGGAGAUCAAACUCACGGGAACAGUUAGACCAGGUGCCUAGCCGGCAUCCUUCACGGGAAGGUCUCGGGCCACCCCCACAACUGCUCCGAGCGAGGGAGGACCCAGCCUCUGGCCCCAGCCAUGGCCCUUCCACAGAGCAGCUGGACAUUCUCUCUUCCAUCCUUGCCUCCUUCAACUCCUCAGCCCUCUCCUCUUCUGUGCAGUCCUCAAGCACACCCUCGGGCCCCCAUACCACUGCCACGCCUUCUGCUACUGCUUCAGCUCUUGGGCCUUCCACACCACGCUCUGCCACAUCCCAUAGCAUCUCGGAGCUGUCACCGGACUCAGAAGUUCCUAGAAGUGAAGGUCACUCCUGA